ACACAAUACAAAGACAAAACAAUUUUAGCAUCAAUCUCCGGGGUGCUUGGAGAGAGAGAGAGAGAGAGAGAUGGAGAAUGGAGAAAUCCCAUCAGUACCUUCUACGCCUGCUACACCAGGAACACCUGGUGCUCCUCUUUUUGGUGGGUUCAAGUCUGAGAGAACUGGGAAUGGUAUUGCUAACAAGUCCUCCCUCCUAAAAAAUAUGAAAUGUUUCAGUGUUGAAGAAUGGACCUUAGAAGAUGGAGCCUUGCCUAGAGUCUCUUGCUCUAUGCCACCCCCUCCAGUUCCUCUGGCAAAAAAGGUAGGAGCUGAGUUUAUUGGCACGUUCAUUCUCAUGUUUGCCGCCAUAGGCACUGCUAUUGUGAACCAAAAGACUCAUGGCUCAGAGACUCUGAUUGGAUGCGCUGCAGCUAAUGGACUUGCUGUCAUGAUCAUCAUUUUCUCCACUGGCCACAUCUGCGGUGCUCAUCUCAACCCUGCUGUCACCAUUUCCUUUGCUGCAUUGAAGCACUUCCCGUGGAAGAAUGUGCCUGUGUAUAUUGGUACACAAAUUUUAGCAUCAGUAAGUGCUGCAUUUGCCCUUAAGGUGAUUUUUCACCCCUUCAUGAGCGGUGGUGUCACGGUCCCUUCAGUAGGAUAUGGCCAAGCUUUUGUUAUAGAGUUCACUGUCAGCUUUAUUCUCAUGUUCGUUGUCACAGCAGUGGCCACCGACACAAGAGCUGUGGGAGAGCUUGCAGGAAUCGCGGUGGGAGCCACCGUUAUGCUUAACAUACUCAUAGCCGGGCAAGCAACUGGGAGUUCAAUGAACCCUGUAAGAACAUUGGGUCCAGCAAUUGCUACAAACAACUACAAAGGCAUUUGGGUAUAUCUCACAGCUCCCAUACUUGGAACCCUGUGUGGGGCAGGUGCAUACACCAUCGUCAAGUUGCCUCACCAUGAUUUAAUUGCCCAACCAAAGGCACCUUCAGCUCCUGGGAGCUUCAGAAGGUGACUCAUGCAUGGAUUCAUCGUCACACUACACAAUAUUUGUGCCUGACAUGCAUGCUCUUAUCAAUACUGCAGAAAGCAACAAAAAAUUAGUACUACUGUUGUACAUGCACGUAUUAUAUUCAUAUCCGUACGUGUUCAGAUGCAUCAAUUAUCACUUGUGUACUGCAAAAUAUCCAAGAAAAGAAGUGUUGUCUC